GCUGGUGCAUUUUGUGAGUCGAUGUAGCGGAAAAGCAGUAGCUGGGGAGCGGAACCGCGCAUCAACAUAGACUGGGGCAGUGCGGAAGGGAUAGCAACGUUAUAAAACACAUCAUCAUCGUCAACAACAACAACAACAACAGCAAGAAGCAGCCUCCAUCGCUCUCUCGUUGUUUUGUUUGCACCCCAAGGAGAGAGGGUAAAGGAAAUUGGGGAUAACUCACUGUUGUGCACACACACGCAAAAAAAAAAAAAAAGGCAGACCGUGGAGGAGAAAAAGGGGGUUGUCUAAAACUCGACCUGUGCCGCGUUCUUCUCUACAUUGCAAACAAAGAACAAUUGCUUCGAGAUCACAAUACACGUUUAUUUAAUUUGUUAUCUUUUUUUUUUAUUUUUUUAUUUUUUUUUCCCCUUGCCACUCUUUGGAAUUCACGCCGGUUUUGUGGAAGCAAACAAUGCGCACAUUAUCACCGUGUAACCUACACAAGCUUUGAAGAAAAAGAAAAUCUAUAUAAAGAAAAUUGUGUGCUGUAGCCGGCGAUCGAAAAAGGGAGGACGAUUUUUAUUUUUUUUUUUUUUUUUUUUUUAAUUUAUUUUUUUGACACUAAAGAAAUAUAUAUUUUUGAAAGCCUGUAGGUUUGGUGUUGGUUGCCGGAAAUUAACAAAACAAAACACGAAACUGACAUGAUGUUUCCACAAUCCAGACAUUCAGCUUCCUCUCAGUCUUCGCAGCAGCUGAAGUUUACAACUUCUGACUCCUGUGAUCGAAUUAAGGACGAGUUUCAGUUCCUCCAGGCGCAGUAUCACAGUUUGAAAUUGGAAUGUGACAAGCUGGCCAGUGAGAAGUCCGAGAUGCAGCGCCACUAUAUCAUGUACUAUGAAAUGUCCUAUGGCCUGAACAUUGAAAUGCACAAACAGGUGAGUGCGAUUCUGAGUGAGUUCAUUUCACACUCCCGAUCGGGUCGGAAAGCGAACGUGUGCUUAUUUCUCUGCUAACGAGCCCAUUGUCUG